AUGAUCGCUGCAGCAGCUCAGCGACUUCGAUCGAGUUCCAUGCACACCCUGAAGACCUACGACAAGAGCGAGCACCGCCUCCUCGUCGUCGGUGGCAGCGGCUUGUGGGUAGCAACGUCCUGCAACGCGCCGUGCAAAAGGGGAUCGAGGUGCGCAGUCUCAACCGCUCAGGCAAACCGCAGUGGCAGGACGUGCCGUGGAUUGACCAAGGUGGAUUGGCGCUCGGGGAGCGUCUUCAAUGAGGAGGAUCCGGCAGAGGCUGCUCUGACGGUGUCACUGGUGUCAGUACGUGUCCAAUAG